UUUUAAUGAUUUAAUUUCAUGCAUGUUUGGUAGUAGCACAACCCCCUCCCCAAACAUUUCUCUACCGGCUUGCUGGCCGGCCAUUAUAUCAACCCAUCCACUCUGGGCUACUAGGAAGCAUUGAGAAGCUAGCAACCAAAAACCAUAUGACGAUGGCAACAUUAUUGGUGGCGUUCUUUGCUCUCUGCUCGCUCUCCGCCGCUACCGCCACCGCCAAUUUUAUAGACAACCCUUUCCUCGUAAAGGGAAAAGUCUACUGCGACACCUGCAACUGUGGCUUCGAGACCACCGCCACCAAAUAUAUCCCCGGAUCAAGGGUCCAGAUUGAGUGCAGAAACAGGGACACCAACGCCCUCACCUACACCAUCGAAGGCAUAACCAACUCGGAGGGAGAGUACAGCAUCUUGGUGGAGAGCGAGCGCGGCGGCGACUUCUGCGACGUCGUUCUAAAGCAGAGCUCCGACCCCGUCUGCGACGUUCCCAGCCAAGGACGCGACCGUGCUCGCGUCAUACUCACCCGUAACAACGGCAUUAGCAGCGACGUCCGUUUCGCCAACAGCAUGGGUUUCGCUACUGCCCGCCCUUUGCCUAGCUGCCCCCAACUCCUCCAACACUAUCAUUUGAACGACGACAAUUUUUAAUUUUUAAUGAACAACAAAACAAUUACUUUUCUUGUUUUCAUGCUUUGAGCUUCCAUAUAUUUUAUAUUUAUAUUUAACGUUGUCAUAAUCAAUGUGCACUCUUUUGUAUUUGAGGAUAA